UUCAAGUGUUCAAGUGAAGCAGCCGCAACAUAAGUCGCAGAUUCCGCAGCAGUUACAGCAGUUGUAUCCAGUGGUGUUAAGUGAAUUCCUUAUCGGGUCAGGUGUAAACUAGUGCGAAAAUGUCGCAAUCCGAUAACGUGGCACGUGAGCAAACUGCGGCAAGCGCAGUGCCGGAGGCAUGUCAAGGCUGCCGCGGCCAGUUGCCACGUGCCACGCCCGUGGAAGUGGAGGACAUGGCCACCCCGUCGCUGGAGAGACUCAUUCGAAAGGCCAACAUGGCCCAGAAAAUGCUGAACGAUGUGAUGAAGCAGAUCCAACAGGAAUCUCAGCUCUCCACCAAGGAGAGCAGUUCCAAGCACCACAGCUCCGAUGGAGGUAAACGACGACACAGGGGACGCAAACAUGGUCAUCACACUAGCUCCUCUUCCAGUUCCAGUUCCGGCCACAGUGACUGCGAGCUGAUCCUGGCGGAGCAGGAGGAGCACAUGCCCAGGAGCAGGAGACACAUUCGUGAUGAUCGCAAGCGGGAUCGCUCCAGGUCUCGCGGUCGUUCCCGUGGUCACUCGCGUGGCCGUUCUCAUGGGCGUUCUCGUUCCAGGUCCUACACCGAUUCCCGACGAUCCCGAGCAUUGCCCCUGGCUCUGCCCGUUCGGAUUUCCGUGUCCAGCAGUUUGUCUUUCUGGUCAACGUAUUCAAGAAAAUUAGUUACGUUCGCUGAUGAAAUGCUGAGAUAGUCAUUUGUUAUUUUUACUUACCGAAAUUGUGAAAU